AAUUCAUAAAGCUAUUUGGUCAGAUGGACCUAUUUAUAGUUGGAAUUUUAAAAAACAACAAUGGAAUAGACAAAUGGAAUAUGAGGUCGUUCUUAAAGUGCUUGAUAAUUCAUCAAAUUUAAAUGAUAAAUUUCUGGAUGAGUGGAAAUAUCAUUAUAAUUGUCAGAAAAAAUCAUUUUCGAAAUUUAUUCAAUUCUUUGGAUUUACUCAAGAUCCAAAUAAUUUAAAUUAUCUAGUAAUAAUGAGUUAUGCAAAGAAGGGAAAUUUGAAAAAAUGCUUAUCUGAGAUAGUUAAAUUUAAGUGGCAAGAAAAGUUGCAAUUAUUGAUAAAAAUUAUAUUAGGACUUAAAGUAAUUCAUGAAUCAAAUUUAGCUCAUGGUGAUUUUCAUGAUGGUAAUAUAUUAAUUUCAGAUAAUUAUAAUGAGUUAUUUAUUAUUGAUUUAGGAUUAUGUAGACCUAUAAGUGAUUUACAAGAUCCUGAUAAUGAUAAUGAAAUUUAUGGAGUUUUGCCUUAUAUGGCGCCUGAAAUAUUAGGGAAAAAUCCAUCAUAUACACUAGCGAGUGAUAUUUAUAGUUUUUCAAUGAUUAUGUGGGGAUUUACAUCAGGUAAUCCUCCAUUUA